CUACAAAGAUGGCGCCAAGGACGUUUACCUGCAUUUGGUUUACAGCCAGGAUUUCCGGGUCCUUACUGCAGUAGAAAGAGCUUUCUGUUAACGUGGUCAACUAGAAAACAGUUUUGAGUUAGACGACUCUUAUGGCUCCUUACGUUCAGCUCGUGAUUGGCCCGGCGGGCUGCGGAAAGUCAACCUACUGCAACAGUAUUCAACAGCACUGCCAAAGCAUCGGCAGGUCCGUGCAUGUAAUCAAUCUGGACCCAGCGGCUGAAGAGAUAGCUUAUCAGCUGUCUGCCGAUGUCCGCGAGCUUAUUUCUGUUUCGAAUGUUAUGGAGGAGAUGAAAUUAGGGCCAAAUGGAGCUUUACUUUUUUGUAUGGAAUAUCUAGAAUAUUGUAUUGAUGACUGGUUAUCAGAGGUCCUCCAGGGUUACGAUGAUGACGAAUGCGUUCUUUUUGACUGUCCAGGUCAAAUAGAGCUUUACUCCAACCACUCUGCCUUCCGCAAUAUAGUUGAGAGUUUGCAUGCGUGGGGUUGGCGUCUAGUUGCGGUUUACAUGCUUGAUUCUCAAUUUAUAACUGAUGGAUUCAAGUUCAUUGCUGGUUGUUUGCAGUGUCAGUCGGCGAUGAUGAGUCUAGAGCUCCCACACGUUAAUGUAUUGAGUAAAGUUGAUGGUUUCGUAGACAAGUCUGUGUUGGACUUAUUCCUCAAACCAGAACACAUGUUUUUGGCCCAUAACUUGCAGGACCCUGUUUGUGGACGGUUUUCUAAUCUUACGCGAGCAGUAUCUGGUCUCCUAGAUGACUAUAGUAUGGUGUUUUUUCACACACUUGACAUUAGCGACGAGCAAAGUUUAGCUGACUUAUUGUACACAGUGGAUAACACUGUGCAAUUCGGAGAAUCAACCGAUGUCAGGACUUCACGGGAUGUCGAAAGCUAGUUUGAUGUGGCAAGGAUUCAAAGGAUGUGAUUCAGAAUCUGCAUGUUUUAAUCAUGCGCAUUUAUCUAGCCCCUGCCUCUGAAGGUAUAUGCAGAUUUAUAGUACGGAAGUAAAUAAAAUGUACCUUGGAAGGUACACCUUCAAGUACAAUACUUGUACAGUGUAUAUAAAGUAUUUCUGGUAGUGCGAAGGUGUUUAUUACAUGUAGGGCCUACCUUGUCUACGAGGUAUACAGAUCAAAGGUACGCUACAGCGUUGCGUUGUGUACUGGCACGCCACUUUUUGUGAAAACAAAACACUUCGAAACUGGCACGCUACCUUCUAAGGUACGUGUACUUCUGACGUCACAAGCCAAAUGCCUUUGUACUCGGCAACCUGAAGUGUGGGCAGAACGGGGGCUUUUGGAAGAAGUGCUUUGGAGGUACCUCCGGAAAUACGAACUAUAGUCACUUCCGGAAGUAUAAUAUUAGCUACAUAGACG